AUGACUGUAAGCCUCUUCGACCAAUUCAUGUCCCCCGUCUACCUGGGAGUUCCCUUAUUAGCGAUUGCUCUCAUACUGCCCUGAGUCUUAUUCCCCUCCCCUGCCCUCCGAUGAAUUCAUAAUCGCCUAUUAAUUCUCCAAAGCUGAUUCAUUAGCCGAUUUACACACCAAAUUCUGAUACCCCUAAACCAAGGGGGCCAUAACUGAGCCCUAAUACUCGCCUCCCUUAUGAUCUUCCUUGUAACUCUGAACGUCCUAGGCCUUCUCCCCCACACCUUCACCCCCACCACUCAACUAUCCCUCAACCUAGCCUUCGCCUUCCCUCUUUGACUAGCCACAGUUCUCAUCGGACUACGUAAUAAUCCAACCGCAGCCCUAGGACAUCUCUUACCAGAAGGCACACCUACACUUCUUAUCCCUAUUCUAAUUAUCAUCGAAACAAUCAGCUUGCUCAUCCGCCCAUUAGCCCUAGGGGUCCGACUAACUGCCAACCUCACAGCCGGCCACCUUUUAAUGCACCUAACUUCCUCAGCCGCCUACUAUCUUAUGUUUACAAUGCCGGCCGCAGCAGCUCUUACAAUGGGGCUACUACUCCUACUCACCCUGCUUGAAAUAGCCGUAGCUGUAAUUCAAGCUUAUGUUUUUGUACUACUAUUAAGCCUCUACCUACAAGAAAACGUCUAA